CAACAAACACUUAUAGACUAACAGUGGCCUUUAAAAACCCACCAGAAAAAGUUUCUACCAUUGAAACACAUAAAGACCCUCAAGGAAAAUCCAAAAACCAGCUCAGCACACUAGUGAUCUGGGUGGGGUUGAGAGGGGGACACUAAAUAGGGUGUUUCUGCUAUGGAUUUUUGGCCCAAAUUGAGGAGGAUUUCAGAUUUCGUGUAUAACAAAUGGCUGGCUUCUUCUAUCUAGGUGGACGAGAAGGGGUAGCAGCAGCAGCUGCAACAAACAAACAAGAAGGAGAAGAUAAAGAAGAGAGUCUGUAUUUGUAUAGGAACGAUGAGAUCUACAACAGCAACAAAGGGUUUGAGAUAUGGCCUCAGUAUUAUUACCAACAACAGCAAAACGUAAGCAACUACUCGUUUGGAGCGGGACCUAGUCGAAGAACCACUGGGUUUAACUUAUCCGAUGAGUCGUCUUUUAGAUCGGCUGGGCUCACGGUUAUGAGGCAAGGAGGGAUGAACUGCCAGGAUUGUGGGAACCAAGCUAAGAAAGACUGUGAACAUUUGAGGUGCAGGACUUGUUGCAAAAGCCGAGGGUUUCAGUGCCAAACGCACGUUAAGAGUACUUGGAUUCCCGCGGCUAAAAGGCGGGAGAGGCAACAGCAGCUCGCAGCUUUGCAACAAGAAGGGCAACAACAGUUUCGAGGAGAGAUCCCGAAAAGGCAGAGAGAGAAUCAAGGUGUUCCCUCUCUUGCCUGUACUCGUUUAUCCCCCACCACAUCAGGGUUGGAACUGGGCCAAUUCCCUCCCGAAGUGAGUUCACAAGCAGUGUUUCGCUGUGUGAAAGUAAGCGCAAUGGACGACGUAGACGAGGAGUUCGCUUAUCAAACGGCCGUUAGUAUCGCCGGGCAUGUGUUCAAAGGAAUUCUCUACGAUCAAGGACCUGAAAAUCGUUACAGCGGUGGCGGUGAAAGCUCUCAGCAACUUAAUCUCAUAACAGCAGCAGCAGCAGCUGCCACGGCAACCCCAGUUUCUACUUCGAGCAAUCCAGGCACAAAUAUGCUGGACCCUUCGGUCUACCCAGCUCCACUUAACGCUUUCAUUGCUGGUACGCAGUUCUUCCCACCUCCAAGGUCUUGAUUUACGCCAUGUUUCUCUUUCUCUCUCUAUCGGAGGAGACAUUUCCUUUUAACAGAAACCUUUCACUUGUCAGAUUCAUCGUUAUCAUUGGUAUUUUUCGCUAGCUACUAGUAUGUUAAAUGUUAACAUCCACCGAACUAGACAGCAUACAAUUUAAAUGAGAAUAGAAACUGAAGAUGCAUAUGAUAUGGGGGAUGUUGGUUUUUCUUUUCGAAUUUCAAUAAUUAUUUUUAUA